ACCAGCCGCUGAAUUCAUCACCCGGCCAUGCCGCGGAGCAGCUGCUCGGCAUCAGCCCAAAGGGCUCCCGGCUGCUGCUCCCUCUCUUUUCCGGGAGCACCGAGGGAUGAGGAGCCUUCUCUGGGCACAAGAACUUUUUGUUUUUUCCCUUUUUUUUUCGCUGCGUGACCCUUUUUAAAGCAUCACAGCAGAAAAGCAGCUCCCCGGGGAUAUUUUUCCUGACUUUGUGCCCUUCCCCGAGCCUCUCUCUCUCCGUUUCCCAGGCCAACAGAGCCGGCCCUGGGCUGCACCUUUCCCUGGAGCCCAGCCCAUCCCAAACAUUCGGCUCCUCCGGAAGCCUCCUGCCAGCUCUGCCCGCUCAAAGUCACCUUGUCCCAGCCCGGCCUCUCCCGGCAAAUCAUUAAUCGGCUCCUCGGCAUUCCCGCAUGGAAAAAUGCCCCAGCGGGUGCCCUCGGCCUGGCACUCGGACAUGCCCCUGCCCGGGAAGCUGCUCCUGUCGGCGGCCGCGCUGCUGCUCCUGUCCCUGGCCUUCAGGUUUUACAGGAACCGCUCGCCUCCCCCGGGAAAAAUCCCGCCGGGAGAGCAGCGGGAAAACCGGGAUGGGGAUGGGGCUCUGAGGAGGAGGAGGAGGGAUGGGGGGGACAAAUCUGGGAAUGGGCCCGGGAUGCGGCACGCGGCUCUCCGGGGGGAGCAGAGCUUUCCAAGGAGUGAGGAGGAGGAGGAGGAAGGAGAGGAGGUGGGUUUGGAGCUGGGGCUGAUUCCCAGGGAAGCCCCGCUGGGUCCGGAAAGGAUGGAAAGGGAGUUGGGAAGGAAAUUGGGAAGGAAGUUGGGAAUUAAAUCAGAAAGCGAAGCAGGGGUUGAGCUGGGGAGGGAUCCCGGGAGCAGGACGGGAGAGCUGGGAAGUGAGCUGGGAAAAGAGCCGGGAAGUCAGCCUAGAAGCAAAUUGGGAAUCAAGCCGGGAAAUAAUCCAGGAAGUGAGCCAAGAAGUAAAUUGAUAACGAAGCCAGGAAAUGAGUUGGGAAGUGCGCAGGCAAAAGAGCUGGGAAAUAAAUUGGGAAUUAAGUCAGGAAUCGAGCUGGGAAAUGAGCAGGGAAGAGAACCAGAAAGGAAACUGGGAAACAACGCAGGAACUGAAGUGGGAAGCGAGCCGGGAAUUUUGCUGGGAAGUGAUCUUGGAAGCAAGGCAGGAGUCGAGGCGGGAAGCGAGCCGGGAAUUUUGCUGGGAAGCGAGCCGGGCUCUCACGCCCCCGGGGCCGGGGCCGCAGCCCGGAGCAGCCCCGCGGGGACGGACGCAGCUGCACCGAGCUCCGGGCGCUCCCCAGGGACUGGCGAUGCCCGGACAGAGGGGGACGGAUGUGCCCAGAGCACGGAGCAGGGCCCGGCUGGAGCCGGGAGGAGCAGGGAGGGCAGCCCGGGGACAGUCCGGACCCUCAGCGUCACCUCCAGCCUGGGGCUGCUGCUGACGGCCAGCGAGGCCGGCUCGGACACCUCCUACUGCUUCUCUUCGGUGGCCAAGAUCCAGGUGGAGGAGAGCUUCAUCCCGAAGCGCCGGGACAAGGACAAGGACAAGGACAGCCCGCCUAGGCCUGGCCUGCGGGGCAAAGUCUACGACUACUUCGUGCAGUCCACCUCCGAGGCGGUGUCCAGAAGGACGUCCCUGCCCUUCGUCCCUGCGAGGACAUCCUGCUCCAGAACCCAGGGGGAGAACCCGGCUCUGGAAAUUCCUGAUCCCGACACCUCCUCAGUGCCGCAGGAGGGCAGGGAGAACCCUCCAGAGCCACCUUCUCCCGGCUGGAAAGGGAUCACCCCCCAGCUCCCGCUGCCCGGCGAAGUUCCAUCACCAUCCCAGGUGUUGCAGCCCAGCCAGGUACACCUGGGGAACUGCUCUGAGGUCCUGCACGUGGCCAAAGCGCGGCAGCUGCGGGCGCUGCGGGACGCGGCGCUGCAGGUGAUGAGCACCCACCUCCUGCAGGUGCUGCGCUCCCCGGCCAUCUACAACCACCUCAACGCCGGCGAGCGGGAGCUGCUCCCGGCGCUCCGCAGCCGCGGGCGGCCGCGCCUGGUGGUGGCCGAUGUCCCCCCGGCCCAGCCUGGCCACCGCCGCGGCCGCCUCUGCUACUACGACGAGGAGGCGGAUUGCUGGUGCCAGCUGUGCCAGCUGCCGGCCGAGGUGUCCGGGCGGGGCUGUGCCGUGUGCUCCAUGUUCAAUUACCUGUUUGUGGCGCCCGGCUGGGAGGGCGCGGGCCGGGCGCGGAGCCCCUCUCGCCGCGUGCUGUGCUACGACCCCCUGGGUGACAGCUGGAGUGACAUCUGUCCCCUGCGCCAGGCGCGGCCGCACUGCCAGCUGCUGGCCCUGGACGGUCACCUCUACGCCAUCGGGGGUGAAUGCUUGGCCACCGUGGAGCGCUACGACCCCAGGCGCGACCUCUGGGCCUUCGCUGCCGCCCUGCCCAGGGACACCUUCGCUGUGGCCCACGCGGCCGCCGCGUGCCACGGGGACAUCUUUGUCACCGGGGGCACGCUGCGCUCGCUGCUGCUGCGCUACGACGCCCGUGGGGACAGCUGGGCCACCAGCCCGGCCGUCGGUGACCAGGAGGGGACGGCCGCGCUGGUGAGCGCCCACGGGUUCCUGUACCGCUUCCAGCUGCGGCGCGGCGUGGGGGGCAGCGAGGUGGCCGUGUCGCGGUGCAGCGGCAGCGCCCGGCUGUGGUACGGCUGUGGCAGCCACCCCCUGCCCGAGCCGGCCGGGCUGUGCUGUGCCGCGCUGGGUGGUCUCAUCCACUGCCUCGGUCGUGGUUUCCACCUCCGCUUCCUGGCCGACCCCGGCGCGCCGCGCUUCGGGGCCAAGGAGCUGCGGCCCUUCCCGGAGCCCCACGGGAGCCUCCUGCCCGCGGUCCUGGUGCUGCCCGAGGGGGGCACGGAGCCGCCGCGGCCCUGAGGGUCCUCAAGGAGUGGUGGCAGCCGGAGAAGGAGCCCUCAGCACGAGUUGUGCAAUCCCAGCCUUCCUUCCAUGGACCCGACUGCUUCCCGCUGCCC